CGGUCAUACGGAGUACAUCUCUAUGCCCCUGUCCCAUUUCAUCCACCAAUUCUUGAGGAUCCGGAGUGUGAACCACGCCCACUCUGCCUGGAACCAUUGAUCCUAAUAUAUCCGACAAGUUACGCUCUAACCCGAUUCGAACUCCAGGUUCAAUCUUUCAACUACUUUGCGAAGAUCAUGUCGCAAUCAACAUCGAGCAGUUCCGUCACAAUCACAGGUGUUUCUUCGGAGGAUCGGUUUCGGUCAGUGAACAGCAUGGCAUCCGGCGAUUCUUCCACAUCUACCUCUAGCAUCACUCAGGCGUUUCAUUUUUCUUCCGGGAAUCCUCGUAUCGAAGAAAACAGGGGCGUGAUGCAUUUCUUCCGUAAUGAUGCCGUCUCAUCUCCUUCUGAGUUGCCUGCUGAAAGAAAACCUCUUCUCUGUGUGCUGGGGGUACCCAAUCACAUGACUUAUUCAGACUUCUGUCAGUUUUGUGGUUCAUUUGUGCAACAUAUGCUGGAAAUGCGAAUCGUCAGGAAUGAAGGAAUAGAAGACAGAUAUAGUAUAUUGAUAAGGUUUGAUGAUCAAAAUUCUGCUGACUCUUUCUACAAACAUUUUAGUGGUAGACAUUUCUCGUCUCUUGAGGAAGAAACCUGCUGUGUGCUUUUCACGGGUGAUGUACAUUACACUGGAUCAAUUGAACACUUGCAGAUAUCUCCUCCAAGCACUAUAGAGCAGCCUUCAUGUCCAGUCUGUCUAGAGCGUCUGGACAUGGACACAAGUGGGAUUUUAACAACAAUUUGCAAUCAUUCUUUUCAUUGUUCUUGUAUCUCCAAAUGGACAGAUUCUUCUUGCCCGGUGUGUCGAUAUUGCCAGCAGCAGCCGGAGAAAUCAAUAUGUAUUAUUUGUCAAACAUCCGAAAAUCUCUGGAUGUGUGUUAUAUGUGGUUUUGUUGGUUGUGGAAGAUAUAAAGAUGAACAUGCUAAAAGGCACUGGAAAGAAACACACCAUUGCUAUGCACUUGAAUUGGAAACAAGACGUGUCUGGGACUAUGCUGGAGACAACUAUGUUCACCGAUUAAUUCUAUCUAAGACUGAUGGGAAAUUGGUUGAGUUGAACCACCAUUGUGUACACAGGGGUGAAGGUUGUUAUAAUUGUGAAUGUGGCGUUGAUCCUGCAUUUAGUGAAGCUCUUCAAAAUAGCAAAGUUGAAGCUAUCGUCAAUGAGUAUAAUGAGCUCCUGACAACACAACUUGAGAACCAGAAAGUGUACUUUGAGUCCUUACUACAAGAGGUUGAAGAAGAAAAUGAAAGGGACACUUUAGAAGCUGUUGAGAAAGCUCUAAAACAGAAUCCUAGGCUGAUUAAGAUGCAGACGCGGUUGGACAAAUGCACCAAAGAGAAGAAAUUUCAGGACGAUAUCUAUGAAAAUCUUUUCAGAAACCAGACAAUAUGGGAAACCAAAAUAGUUGAAAUGGAGGAAAGGGAACACAAGCUCCUGAAGCUGAAAGACCAGAAGAUUAGUGAUUUGGAGGAAGAGCUUAUGAAUUUGAUGGCAUGCUUAGAAUCAAUGAAUACAAUGCCACAGCUGCCACUAUCAGACUAAACUGGCAAGGGUGAGAGCUUACUUGUUGGAUUCAAUGCUCUGCUAAAAGGAGGCUACAAGAUCAUGAAAAAAUCUCGUUGUGACUUUACAUGGUGUUCGUGUAUGCAUGCAGAUGUGCCAAAAUUUGGAUCACUUUCAUGAGAGGCCAUUCAUGCCCCCUAGUGCCAAUGACUACUUUAGCUUUUACUCAUUCUGGUGCUGAAAUGGCAUAUGAAUAUCAGGUCCAAUGUGUUGCACCAAUGGAACAUAACAUUAAAACAAUGAGAUUCUCUCCAAAACAAAUGUCCAAAGGUAUGACAGACAUAUUUUCUGGUCAACGGGCUUUUGAUACUCUGUGAUAUGCAAUCAUCAUGUGUGUAUUGGUGACAGAAUUUAGCAUUGUUAGGAUGACAAUGCUUUCUGCACAAACUGUUCUACAUAAACUGGCACACCACACUAUUUUUUAUUGUCAUUGUCAUUCGUCUUGUUUACGUAAUACUCUUAUUUGUUUGCUCACAGGAUGGAUGGAUAUUUGUGAGAAUACAUGUUUGUGUAUGUG